AUGGCCAACUCAGGCCUCCAGCUCCUGGGCUACUUCCUGGCCCUGGGUGGCUGGGUGGGCAUCAUCGCCAGCACCGCGCUGCCGCAGUGGAAGCAGUCCUCCUACGCGGGCGAUGCCAUCAUCACCGCCGUGGGCCUCUAUGAAGGACUCUGGAUGUCCUGCGCCUCCCAGAGCACUGGGCAGGUGCAGUGCAAACUCUAUGACUCGCUGCUCGCCCUGGACGGUCAUAUCCAGUCAGCAAGAGCCCUGAUGGUGGUGGCCGUACUCCUGGGCUUCGUGGCCAUGGUCCUCAGCGUCGUGGGCAUGAAGUGUACGCGGGUUGGAGACAGCAACCCUAUUGCCAAGGGCCGGGUAGCCAUCUCCGGGGGUGCCCUCUUCAUCCUGGCGGGCCUCUGCACCUUGACUGCUGUCUCAUGGUAUGCCACCCUGGUGACCCAGGAGUUCUUCAACCCAAGCACGCCUGUCAAUGCCAGGUAUGAAUUUGGCCCGGCUCUGUUUGUAGGAUGGGCCUCAGCUGGCCUGGCCAUGCUGGGAGGCUCCUUCCUCUGCUGCACAUGCCCAGAGCCUGAGAGAGCCAACAGCAGCCCCCAGCCUUAUCGCCCCGGACCCUCAACUGCUGCCCGAGAACCCGUUGUUAAAUUGCCCGCCUCCACCAAGGGUCCCCUGGGUGUGUAAUGUCCAGGUCCCCAG